AUGUCUGGCCGAGGGAAGAAAGCUGCGCCUAAACCAACAGCUAAAACGUCCCGGUCUACCAGAGCUGGGGUCACCUUCCCAGUGGGCCGAAUCCAGAGGAUGCUCAAGAAAGGCCACUAUGCGGAACGAGUUGGCACCGGUGCUGGAGUUUACCUCGCAGCUGUCCUGGAGUACCUCUGCGCUGAAAUCCUAGAGCUGGCAGGAAAUGCUGCCCGUGACAACAAGAAGCAGCGCAUCGCUCCUCGACACAUCUUGCUGGCGGUGAAAAAUGACGAUGAGCUCAACAACCUUCUGGCGGGGGUCACGAUAUCAGAGGGUGGUGUCAUCCCAAAUAUACAGGCCACCCUUCUCCCUAAGAAGACCAAAGGACCCAAGGAUGACGGUUCCAAGGAUGUCGAGUCUCAAGAGUUUUAA